CAUACGUGGUGAUGUCAUACAUGGUGACAUCAUGCCACGUGCCUGGAUGAGUGCUCGUCACAUGAGCAGGGCAAGGGUUUCUGUGGCUGAUGCUAAAUACAGCACAGGCUGCGAUUUUGUGCGUUGUGUUCCUGUUAUAAGAAAAAAAAAUAAUAGUGUGACAUGGCACCUUCAGGGAGCUGCUGAAGUCGCAGGAGUUGCAAUUUGUGAGGCGAGGUUCUAGGGUGGGUUAUGAAUCUCUUUUAUUCCUUUCUGCUGGCUGAAUGUGAGCCAGCAGCGUGCCCAGGCAGCCAAGAAAGCCAAGGCGUCCUGGUUGUAUCAGCAGAAUUGCACCCAGCAGCAGCAGGAGGCGAUCAUCCCUCUGUACUCAGCCCUGGUGAGGCCACACGUGGAAUGCUGCGUUCACUUUGGGCCCCUCACUACAAGAAAGACACAGAGGACCUGAAGCAUGUCCAGACACGGAGCUGCAAAGGGUCUGUGAAAGGUUGUUGUGUGCUGAUGAAACACGAGCUGACUGAGAGGCAGACAAGGUGCAUGAGGUGAGCAUGGCACAUGUCACCACAGUGGGAGAAACUGCCUUUCCCCCACACAAGCAGGCACAAACCACCAUCCCUACUUUUCAACUCUAAGCACUGUUUACUUCUUUCUACAAGACUGGAUGAGAAGCUGAAACAAAUGGAUUUACAAACUUCCUAGUAGUGCAGAAAUGCAAUUGAGCAAAAGAUGGCCUGGGGUAGCCUGAUCUGUGCUUUUGAUUUGUGAUUGGAGCAGUGUAUGGAAAGUAGUGCAGUAAUAGGGCUGAACCCUGUGCUUGAAGCAAUAGCAAUUUUGUUGCUUCUGCAAAACAAGAGUUAUUUUUCCCCUUUGUCCUAGAGUUACAAAUCACUUUUUCUUAAUCUCAGGAGCUUUCUUCAUGUGGUUGACCAGUGGAUUGCAAAAUCUAAAUCCCUCUUCCAUCUAGUAAACACCAGCAUCUGGAAUAGACUCUUCUUAUUGCAGUUAACUUGUAGGGCAACACUUAAAGGUAGAUGGAAAAUUAUUUCCAUUGUAUCUGUUCUCUCGACUAUUCCAGGAAUGUGUGUAUUCCUAUCAUCCCAAGUUUUCCAUUUUUCUUUGCUCUUUCCUCUUUGCAGCUCAACAAUAUGAUCUGAAGCUCACGCAAGGUGUCUGCAAGGUGCUUAGUGGCUUGGCUGCUGGGUGGAGCUGGUCGGUGAUGCUGCUCCCAUGUAAGCUUGGGGCUGGAUUAGGAGUGUGAGUGGUGCUCAGACAGGAGUUCAGGGCUUACUGGAGACAGCAGCCUUUAGCACCACAUGUGCAGCACAGCUGCCACGCUGACAUGAGAGUACUUUGCAGCCCCUUUGUGUAGAUCAGGGUUGCAUCCAGACCCCCAAACUCACCCAGUUUUGUGAGCAAACUCAAAACUCUGAAAUUGUGAAACUGAGUGAACAACUUGGAUUUUGAUUUCUUCAAUAGUCCAAAUGCCUUCUGCAGGUUCUCCACUCCCUAGGUAGGGGUUUGGUAACCUCUGACAAAUGAGACAAACCAGUUUUAAACAGCAUCUUGCAGGACACUGGUGUACCAGGGAGUAUUGCUGCUUCUUACCUUCCAAUGGUCUGGAAAGAAGUGGAACCCUGUGGUAGUGCUCACGCUGUUCAUCAGCUCAGGGAAGCAACUUUUCUCUCUGUUGUAAUAGGGGCUGCUCCCCCAAUAUCAGUGAGACAUGCAGCCCUCCACACAGCCUGGGGCUUUCACCCAGCUGCUAAGUGCACGCCUUAGGAACGUAUUGCAGUGUAGUCCAAUUGUUUUCACAAGAAACCUUAGGUAUUAAAAGGAUCACACAUCACAUGCUCCUGCCAUUACUUUAUUUUCAUUGGACAUUUGGGUUUGAGAUCUGUGUCAAACAGAGAGAUAAAAUGCAGUGAGAGAGGCUACAAACAGGAGCAGAUUGGGAACAGCUACGUGUUGCCUUGCUUUAGAAGAGACCUCCAAACCUGUCCUGUGCAGCUCCUUUCUUGUGCUUUGAGCUCUUGGUUUUAGCAGAAGUUAUGAACAUGAAGGGAGAUGAGCGACCUUUCUCUUUAAUGUUCAGAGGCUGCAGUUUCCUGCAGGUAUAUGAAGCUGGAGUGGUAAAGGCUUUGCAGGACUUGGCACCUGAGAUACUGAAAUCUGCAUCCAAGAUCUACGGGAUAUCUUCAGGAUCGAUUGUGGCUGCAUUUGCAGCAUGUGAGUGUGACAUAGGUGAGAUGCAGCAGUACCUCCAUAGUGCUGGGAAACUCUUUUUCACCACGCUCCUUACAGCUCGGGGGAAAGUCCUGCUUGUUGUAAAGGAAGCCUUAAGUAAAUUUCUGCCUGCCAAUGCCCACCAGCUGGCAUCUGGGAAGCUGCACAUCAUCCUCACCCGCCUGCGUGACUGGAAUUGCGUGACGGUUUCAGAGUUUGCUUCAAAGGAGGACAUCAUUCAGGCCGUGUUAUGCAGCUGCUUCAUCCCUCUGUGUUUUGGCUUUAUCCCUCCUCUGUACCAUGGGGUGCGUUACAUCGAUGGGGAAUUCGGCAUGUGGAAGACCAACCUCGUGUCCCAGACCACCAUCACCGUGUCUGCUUUAGCUGGUGAAUUUGACAUCUGUCCCAGAGAUUGCCCAGUUCCCUUCUUCGUUUUCCAAAUAGUUGACUGGGUUUUACAUGUGUCAGAACAAAACCUGUAUCGUGUGCAGUGUCUUUUCCAGUGUCCUUCAGCAAAAGUUUGUGAACAGCUUUAUCAUGAUGGCUACCAGGAUGCAGUCUCCUUCUUACACAGAUUGAAUGCAUUUGGUAUCAAAUUCCUUCCUGAGAACUUUACACUUUCGUUGCACAAAGAAUCGUGUCAGAAAGGUGAAGGGACCCUGCACAGGAAGCCAGGAACAGGAGUACCUUGCUCCAGAGCAACAGACUCUCAGGACAUCACCAAGGAGAAUGCAGCAAGCAUUUGUUCAGCAGGUGAACUGGAGGAAGAAGAUAUUUCCACCUCCUGCAACCCUCAGAAAGGUACAGAGCCAACAUGUUUUUCAUCCCAUCAGUUCUCAUUAACUGUGUGACCCUUGCCCAGUGCUCAUAGGCUGUGGGGGUUUUUAAAGGCACCAGUAGGUGAAAAUGUCAGGAAAGAGAAGGAUUCCCCUCUUGAAUCAGCUGAGCUUACUAUUUAUGAUGUCUGAUGGCAGGAACACAUUUCCCCUGCCUCUUCCUAGCAGAUUUCUGAUAAAUACCACCUGAACUCCCAGCUACCCACAUUAUCAUUUCCUCACAGAUGAAGCCACAUCAGAGAGGCCCUUUAGAAACACAGCUCUUAUCAGGAAGUGACUUAUGGUGCAAGGUAAUGACAGGCUGUGCCCACACAUUGUUUCAUUAAGGGUGAGGGAAGGAGCAGUGUGUCUCAAUCUCUGAGGCUGGCUUUGCUGUGCGAGUCAAACCAAAGCUUCUACUUAGUAAUUCCACUGUGCAACCACACAUGAAUGCUUAAGUGCAAGAGAAGCAAGUUGGAGCUGCAGAUAAACCUCUGGCUGACUCAGUUUUAAGCAAAAUAAGGUAGGCUUAAAUCCCAACCUUCUAGCUUUCUUAAAUCCUGUGCAAAAUAAUGCUGAAAACUGGUGAGCUGUCAGCAUUUCAGAUUCCAGUUUGGCUUUUUGUUACUAGCAGAAUAUGGUAAAGUAUGUGCUGGACUGCAGUGUUGCUUUUGCUUUUAUUGGUUCUUUUUCUGAGUUUUUCAACAAUUCAAAACAUGCACAGGAAAAUUGCACAGCUUUUCCAGCGUGGUUGUGACUUAAAAUGCUGCCACAUACAUUGAAGAUGAAAAAAGACCCAAAUGUGGUUCUUGUGUAUCUAGGAGGACCACACCAAAUCCUAAGCAUUAAGGGAAAAGAGCGAAACUCUUACUAUUUCAGAUCUAAAACCAAAAUGUUGGAAUACCCAAAACGAAAGAAAUCAAGACAUUUCCAUUGAAAACCACUGUGAAGCACUGACACUUCUACCAACGGGAAGAGACCUACUGUGGAAAUGCAGAAUAAUUCAUAUUUGCUUGUGUAAAGGCCUCGUCAAUCUGAACUACAGGUAGCCUUUGAGAACAGCAGGGGAGGACCCAGGUUUCUCUGGAGGUUUGGCAGGAUGUGGGCAGUCAGGAAUCACCUGGUCUCUUGUUUGGAGGGAAGGAAUGAAAAUGAGCUUUGUCCAAGGCAGGAGCUGGGCUCUCACAUUUUUCACUAACCUAAGAUGGACCUGAUGACCUUCCAGGCUCCCUUCUAACUCAGAAGAUUCUAUGAUUCUGUGAUUCUAAGAUGACUUGUGGAAGGAAUCAGACUUAUUUGUUAGGCCAAGAGAGCAACCGAGAGGUUCAGCAGAGCUCUCAGUCUUUAGAGGAGAAGCACCUCAGAUUUUUUUAAUGUCUGGGAAGGAAAAGUGCUGAUCCAGGUCAAGAAAAGGCUACUUCACAGUUUAUCUGCACGCUGAUGGUACUAAACAAGCAAGAAUACAAACACACACACAACUCUCACACAUUUUCUUAUUAAGCCAGAACAUUUCUGAAAGGACUGUUGCAUUGUUAGGGCUUGCACAGGAGCAAGGCUCAGGUGACGCUGGUGGACUAAUCACAAACAUUACCUCUUUAUCCAUCUGCCCAGCAAGACAUUUUGCAAGUCCUUAGUAUCUAGCCUAUAAACAGAGUCAGUUCAAGAUAAAACACAUGCAUCAAAAAGCUGGAGACAAACAGGA